AUGGCCGGGUCUCUGCCGCGCAUCGCCUGCUUCCACGGUGGUGGGUCGAAGGGUGCCAUCUACGAGGUUCAAUGCUCCCAGCUGGCCGGGCUGCUCAAAAAUGACUUUCAAUUCGUUUACUUUGAUGGGCCCUUCGAAAGCGGGCCAGGACCAGGCAUUCUGCCCGCUUUCCGUGAUUACAAGCCUUUCCGGUCAUGGUUCAAGAAGGAUGGAUCGGAAGUCGAGCAGGGCGAUGGGAGUGGGUACGACAUUUCGGGGCGGGACGGUGUGGAGCGGGUGUGGAAAUUGAUGGAAGCGGCGGGGCCCGGUGGGGAAUGGGUCGGCGUGAUGGGAUUCAGUCAGGGCACUCGCAUCACCAGUGGGCUAUUACUGGAUCAGCAGCAGAGGACAGCGUUGGGGGAACUGGGCAGCACUCCGCAACUGAAAUUUGGGGUGUUGUGUAUGGGUGCUGGUGCACCCAUGGUCUCGGAGAUCGGUCAUCGUAUGCUCCUCUUUUCCUUUUGCUUUUUUGAUGACCUGGAUGGUGAUAUUGACCAUUGGAUUGUUACAGAGAUGGCCACCAUGGGAUCGACCGACUUGAUCAAGAUACCCACGCUACAUGUUCAUGGACUGAAGGAUAUGUUUUUGGCAUUGGGCAAGCAGCAACAUGGGAUGUAUUAUGAGUCAAAUACAGCGAAGGUAUAUGAGGUUGAUUAUCACCACGCCAUGCCUUGGUAUAAGCAUGAGGUUCAGCGAUUGGCAGAUCUGAUCCGCGAGCUGUAUAGAGACUCUAGUCGGAAUUGA